GUACAUGAAGUGAGAAAAGGCACUGGAUGUCGCAGUUGAAAAAAAAGUUUGAUUUCAUAACCAACUGACUCGCUUUCACAGGAUACAAAGAUGGCGCAAGCAUUAAAAGAAAGAUUUGACAAGUUCCUUCACGAAAAAAACCUCGUUACAGAUGUGUUGGCAAAGAUAGAGGCAAGAACAGGAGUGAACAGAACAUAUAUUGCCCUCGCUGUCAUCUUAUUUAUUGCCAUUUACCUCGUGAUUGGAUACGGUGCAUCUCUUCUCUGUAACCUUAUUGGAUUCGUCUAUCCUGCCUAUGUGUCGAUUAAAGCCAUUGAAAGUGCAACCAAAGAUGAUGACACAAAAUGGCUGACCUACUGGGUGGUGUAUGGAGUCUUCAGUGUGGCAGAGUUUUUUGCAGACAUCUUCCUGUCGUGGUUCCCUUUCUACUACAUGGGAAAGUGUGCUUUCUUGGUGUGGUGCAUGGCUCCAACUCCCUCAAAUGGAUCUAUCUUGAUCUAUACACGGAUCAUCCGCCCGGUCUUCUUGAAGAAUGAGGCUAAGAUUGACAAUGUGAUGAAAGACAUCAAAGAUAAGGCAUCUGAAGCUGCAGACAAGUUCAAGGAUGAGGCCAAGAAAGCCACAGCAAACCUAAUAUUUGAAGAGAAGAAGAGUUCGUAAGAUACUGCGAGAUGCAAGUCCAUUUCAGCACUCACAUAUCCCUGAAGACUAUCAUGUGCUUGAGUACAUGUUGCCAUGGUAUCCUUUAUUUAAAAUUAAUUUUAUAAAUAACUGGAAUAUUGCCUUUGUUUUUGCCCAUUUUCUGUCUGUAAUAGUAGUGAUAGACAGUGUUGUACCAUAUUUAGUAGAGUCCAGGCACCCAUUGAUUGAAGCUGGGCUAGCAAAUUUCAAAGGCCAUACCUAGUACUAAAAAGAGCCCGUGGCAUUCACUCUGCUAUGCUUUCAGUCUACCAAUAAAAAAAAAGUC